CCCUGAUCUUCCAGUAGUCGACGGUGGAGGUGCGUUGAACGCCUGCGUCCUGUGGCCGCCUAGUAAAAGGGAUUGCUGGUGGGUCGCGUCGAAGCCAUGGAUCAGGGCUACGGAGGCUAUGGUGCAUGGAGUGCUGGACCUGCCAACACCCAGGGUGCAUAUGGAACUGGUGUGGCCAGCUGGCAAGGUUAUGAAAACUACAAUUACUACGGUGCCCAGAAUACCAACGUCACCACAGGCGCAACCUACAGCUAUGGCCCAGCCUCCUGGGAGGCUGCCAAGGCCAGUGAUGGUGGCCUGGCGGCCGGGGGCCCUGCCAUGCACAUGGCCUCUUACGUCCCAGAGCCGUGCACCGACAAUUCCGACUCCCUCAUUGCCAAGAUCAACCAGCGUUUGGACAUGAUGUCCAAGGAAGGAGGCAGGGGCGGGAGCGGCGGCGGUGGGGAGGGCAUGCAGGACCGGGAGAGCUCCUUCCGCUUCCAGCCGUUCGAGUCCUAUGACUCUAGACCCUGUCUGCCAGAGCACGACCCCUACCGCCCCAGCUACAGCUACGACUAUGACUUCGACCUGGGGUCCAACCGCAAUGGCAGCUUUGCGGGGCAGUAUGGUGAAUGCCGAGACCUGGCCCGGGAACGGGGCUCCCUUGAUGGCUUCAUGCGGGGCCGGGGCCAGGGCCACUUCCAGGACCGGAGCAACCCCGGCACAUUCAUGCGCAGCGACCCCUUCAUGCCUCCGACAGCGACCUCUGAGCCCCUGUCCACACCCUGGAACGAGCUGAACUAUGUGGGUGGACGGGGCCUGGGAGGGCCUUCCCACAGCCGGCCGCCUCCAUCCCUCUUCUCCCAGUCCAUGGCUCCUGACUAUGGCGUGAUGGGCAUGCAGGGGGUGGGUGGCUUUGACAGCACCAUACCCUACGGAUGUGGCCGCUCGCAGCCCCGGAUGCGGGAUCGGCCCAGGAGGAGAGGGUCUGACCGCUUCGGACCAGAUGGCAUGGGCAGGAAACGGAAGCAGUUCCAACUGUAUGAGGAGCCAGACACCAAACUGGCCCGGGUUGACAGUGAAGGAGAUUUCUCCGAAAAUGAUGACGGAGCUGGUGACUUCCGCUCAGGAGAUGAAGAAUUCAAGGGCGAGGAUGAAUUCUGCGAGUCUGGGCGGCAGAGAGGAGAGAAGGAAGACGAGGAUGAGGAAUUAAAGAAGAGAAGGGAAAAGCAAAGGAGGAGAGACAGGAUGCGGGACCGUGCAGCUGACAGGAUUCAGUUUGCCUGUUCUGUGUGCAAGUUCCGUAGCUUUGAAGACGAAGAGAUCCAGAAGCAUCUGCAAAGCAAAUUUCACAAAGAGACACUGCGGUUUAUAAGCACCAAGCUGCCCGACAAGACGGUGGAGUUCCUCCAGGAAUACAUCAUUAACAGAAAUAAGAAAAUUGAGAAGCGACGUCAGGAAUUGAUGGAGAAAGAGAGCCCCAAACCAAAACCAGAUCCUUUCAAAGGGAUUGGCCAGGAGCACUUCUUCAAGAGGAUCGAGGCUGCUCACUGCCUGGCCUGCGACAUGCUGAUCCCUGCGCAGCCGCAGCUCCUCCAGCGGCACCUGCACUCCAUGGACCACAAUCACAACCGCAGGUUGGCUGCUGAACAGUUCAAGAAAACCAGUCUCCAUGUGGCUAAGAGUGUUUUGAACAAUAGACACAUAGUGAAGAUGCUGGAAAAAUACCUCAAGGGUGAGGACCCUUUCACCAAUGAAACUAUUGAUCCAGAAAUGGAAGGAGAUGACAAUUUAGAAACUGAGGAUAAGAAAGAGACACCUGAGGCAGUGGCCACGGACGUCUUAGCCGAGGUGAUCACGGCAGCAGUGAGGGCAGUGGACGGGGAAGGAGCACCGGCUCUGGAGAGCAGCGGGGAGCCAGCUGAGGGCAAAGGCCCUGUGGACAGAACAGAGGCUAGUAAUGAUCCUGAAGCUGAACAGCCCCUGGAAGAGCAGGUGCCCUUCGGAACAGCAUCUGAGAAGGGUGUCGUGGAGGCAGGAAGUAGCACCGAGACAAUGGCAGUAGAGGGAGAAAGUGCCCAAACCACAGCUGCUCCUGCCCCAGCUGCCACGGAUACCGAAGCGGAACAAACUGAUGCAGAGUCCAAAGAUGCUGUUGUCACAGAAUGAUGCUCAUUUCCCUGUUCCAGGGGAGGUGUUGUAUAAUGGAUGCAUAGCUCUUUCUCCCUUGGUUUGUAAGCAGUACAAGGGUGUGUGCUACCGGGAUACACUGUAAACUGAUUUUGGUCAAGAGCCCCAGCCAUUUCCUCCUGGGCAGAGCCCCUCGGCUUGUCUCACGCAGCCAUGUGGCUUCUUGCCUGUGUUUGAGAGCUGCAGACGUACCUUUUCCUUAGCGGCUAUAACAUUUCUCUUGACACUGCACUUGGAAUAAUAAAGGUUGGGUGAUUACAGCUUGAUGAUUGAUACUUUGCUUCUUCAAUACAACCACUGACUGAAUGCCUCCUUUUUUAUUUUUGACCUUAAAUUUUUUUUUUUUUUUUUUUUUGGUUGGGAACAGCUCAGCACUAGGAAUAUACCUUGCUCUGUAGGGGAUUUUUGUUUUUUACAUUUUAAGCUUCAGCCUUUAACCUGUAUCUUUGUAGCACUCUGUAUGGUGAGUGACCUUUACAGGACUUCGCAGCACCUGGUUCAACAUGGCAUUGACUAUGUCACAUCCACGCAAGCAGAGGCCAGAAGAAUCGGACCAACCUACACCACUAGAAGCACACCCACCUCACCCUCAAGAGCCAGACUGUGCAGAGGGCACUGUUUUCAACGGUUAGUCUCGCAGCAUCGCCUCUCUCAUGUUUUACCUCAUUUGUGUUCCACCUCUAGAUUAGUUGAAGUUUUUUCCUUUAAAAUGAGUUACUCCCACUCAAACGCAUUUACAAAGAAAAUUUGGUGGGACGUGGUGGCACAUGCCUAUAAUCCCAGUAGUUUAGGAGCCUGAGGCAGGAGGAUAGCUUAAGCCUAGGAGUUCGAGACCAACCUGGUCGACAUAGCAAGACCCCAUCUCGGAAAGAAAACUUGAUGUGAUUCCCAUAGAUGGAAUAAUCCAACAUAAACUGCCAUAGAUAGAAGCUAUCUAUUACAAAAUAAUAAUAUAAUGAAAUAAUGUUUCACUUUAGAGAAACAGCUAUUUAGACCUUUCUGAAUCUGAAAAAGGAAGGCUAGCAUGUGUUCAAAGUUAGCACACAAUUUCCUAAAAUUAGAAGAGUCUGAAGAUCCCUUUUGAAAUGGCCGUGCUGUGUCAGUUUCCCUGUGGCCUUUUGAACUGUAUACAUCUCACAUGUUGGGAAACAUGGGCCACUGGGGAAUCAUUAGAAAAGGAGGCAGUAAAAUAACUUGGUGAUUCUCUCCUGUACACCAGGGGCUAACAUGAUACACAUUCUAGGAAUUGGGCCCUGUUCAUGAGGAACCUUAGUGGAGAUUCUGGGUGAAUAUUUAUGAAGAAAUCAACAUUAGAACUAAAAAUGGAAAUAAACUGCUUGAUGAGAC